UCCUCGCGGAAGCCGCCGGCAAGACCCGCUCACAACCGACGGCUGGCGAAGCGAAGGCCAAGGUUGCUACUAGCACUAAGCGGGCGAGCAGCUCGGGGGCGAGCGGAUCAACUCCGUCUGGAAAGAAGCCACCCCGCUCGCAGCAGCCGGCAGGGCAGACGGCUGGCAGCAAGCGGCAGAGGCAGCAAGAAACGAUGGGCGUGAAGCAGCAGAGAUCGGUUGAUGGUCAUGCGGCAGCGAACGGAACUCGUGGGACGGGAGGGAAGGGGCACGUUGUGAAUGGCACGAGGCACGUGAAUGGCACGAGGCCGCAGCGGGGUGGUGGUGCUGCUGGUGGUGGGCUGCGCAAGGAGGGCGGCGGUGCUGUUGGCGGGCGUGGCGGGCGAGGAGGCAGUGUGAUUGGUGUGGUGGGCGCGCGGAUGAGUGGCGAGCAGAUGGUGGGGUCAGCAGGCAUGGCGAAUGCCACAGGGCGGCUGGAGUUGAGGCUUGUCAACCCUCGUUCCUCUGCUACUUACACUCCGUCUCACCCCUCAUGUGUUGACCCUCCUGUGUUGACCCUCCCUCUUCUCUCCUCACCCCCCUUCCCCACUCCCCAUCCCAGGACGGCCACUGACAUGGACGUGCACCUCCGCGUUCCCCCAGGGGGCUGUGCGCGGGCAGAUGGCCAACAUGACCCGCGGGGGGAAGUAGCAGCGGGGAGAGAAGGGGGCGUUGAAGGGCAGAUGUGCAACUUGACACGUGGUUGA